AAACAUUUCCGCCGUCUCGGACUUCGAAUCGAACUCAAAAACGUACCAGAACUACAAUGGGAGUGUUCAAUGACAUUGCGUCCGUCGACGCCUUUGCAAUUAAUGCGUACUGCAUUGUCAGUGCCCUGUUCUUUUCGGCCUGUGCCUAUGCGCAGCUGAAUGAUCCGAAUCCCGUCCAAUGGUUUUGCGCCUAUGUCUUUGGCGGAUGCGUUCCCAAUCUGUACUGGAUGACGACGUCAACCGACAGCAACUCCGCCACGACGSAAAAGUUGGUGCUCGCGCUGCACGGAUUCGUCGGAGGCCUGGGGCUGGCCAUUAUCUACAAGCUCGCCACRGUUGCGCCCAAGCUUCUAGAUGAAAUGACAGAGCACCACCACGGACUGCUCUGGGCCUUUAUGGAGCACGAGGAGGGACGGGAUUCGUGCGGGUUGCUCCUGCUGAUCUUCCACGCAUCCUACCUUGCCUCCGUCAUAAAGAAGAAGGGCCCGGAUCACCGGCGGCAGCAAAUGAACGGGAACAACGGCCGUGGUGCGCCGUCCGUAAUGCUCUCCCCCGCCGUUCUUUCUCUCGGAUUGCUCGGCGUCCUCGCGGUUUGCGUCUAUGUUUGGGUCGUCCACCACCCCGAACUGGUGGCCAAGCACGGCCUGAAACAUUGCCAGGGAGAAAUGUUUGGUCGUGCAGGGGAGCUCUGACCAUCUAUGCCGAGAUAAGGUAGACAUURCAUUGCGGACAAACAACACCAAAAAAGCUACUCAUCUGCGGGAGUUGCGACACCUUUUUGAAUACCUGGGUUAUAUGCUGCUUCCAACGCCGGUACUUGCGCACUUGUUCAACAGAUAUGCACGAUAUAGAAAGAAAGGAAGAAGAAGGACCAAUGGUCGGAAAUACGGUGCAGGUCGCUGUUAUGAUAUUUGUGCCGGGCAUUAGUGAGAAGAGCAAUCCGAAGUCGUCAAGAUUUUUGGUUUGAAUAAUGGAAGGGAGUCAUCGGAAUACUAGAUUUUGAAAAAUAUCACGUGGAUGUACCUUAUGUACAAAAUACAAUAGAUAAAAAUUGAUGCG